AAGUAAUAUGCAAGCCAAGCGGCUGUUUAAGCAGUGCGUGUCGAUGCGAAGCGCAUUCAACAACCAACGUUUCCUUCAACUUUUCCAAGGCUGAUUCUCGACGCUCUCUCGAACGUGGCUGGGCGGUAAGUCUGACUUACUUACUUAUCGACUUAAGUCUCUAAUCCACCCCAAUCAUACUUGCCCAAGUGGCUGCAGCUAUGAGACAUACUACGACUUGCGACGAGGCCAACGGUUCAACGUCACUAGGCCAGGCUGCAGUGGGGGGUACAAGGCUCAACUGGUGGAACGAGAGAAGUCUCCUACGAAAUUAACUGCUGUGGAUUUUCAUUUACGCGCCAUUCUUCCUCGUCGGGUCAGUCAUGAGGUCAUUUUUGUUGAAUUUCUAUUGCUCUAUGAUUUUUCCUGUUUCCCUCCGUGUGUUUACGAUCAUCUCUUAUCCCGGACAUGCUGAAUCUUCCAUCGUCUUAUUUCUGGAUUUUUAUACUUAUUAUUCACCUGUUGUAUCACUGGCCAUCGACCCCGGGCCGAUACCGGGACUGUUUAGAAAUCGCUCCAGCCCCAGCCUCCUACGUCCCGCAUGAUUUUGGGUACGUGGAAGGAGAAAAGGUAGAGAAAGACUUGGACACGUCAUCGAAGCUUGUCGCUGUCCUUGCAUUGACAGACAUGAAGAAAGUGAGCGCUUUGCCUACAUACACAAGAGAUGGUUCAAGACAAAGGUCCAUGAUGUCGCAUUAUCAAUCCAGCAUCAAUUGGAACGCCUUCCUUUAGGCGCUCUACAUGAGGUUUGCCUGAAGAUGUGGAAUCCCUGUUUCCACAACGGUUGCAUCGUGUAAAGAGAGACGGACUAAGACAUGUCGAUUUUUAGUCUCCCCUAAUCAGACCAUAUGGAAGGAAGACAGUCGUUCAGUCGACUUUUGGUGGUGGAAGAGUCGGAAUCGAGUUAGGGAACUAGGCUGGUGUGAGUCAAAUUUACGUCAAUUUACCUUCUACUCUAUCAUCCUAUAGCUCGUUACACUUCUUUGCACGUCAGCCUUCAUCACAUCUUAUCGUCCCAUCGUCAUUCACAUGUUCACACUAAUUUCACGUCAAACCGAGAUUCCCCCUCCGAGUCUAGUUCUCAUGGAAACUUAUGAUCCAUGCGUUAAGAAGUGUUGCAGAUUGAAUUUGCACCUUGCCUUGACGAUCUGGAUCACGA